UACGGCGAGAAGCGCAUCAUUUGCUUUGUUUUACUGUGCCCUACCGUUUGCCAGAUGGCGAUCCACCGGCAACCUGUCGAACGUCGAGCGGAAGAAAAUGAUUCUUCCACUUCGUUUGUGCGUUGGAUAGGACUCAUAAUCGCAAUCAUUGCAUUUCUGAUAUUCAUUGGAAAAAGCUACUAUGUAGGGAAAGUCGAUGAGGAACUCUUGGGCGCCGGCAAGACUAAUUGGGAAAAUUAUGAACACGAUGAGCAAAUACUGAUUGUUGGACACAACCAGCUAGCUAUGAAUAUAGCAAAGACUGAAAAAAAUAAUCUACGAGAGUUUGAUCUGCACUGGGAUCUACAGCGUCACAUGGUUUGGAGCAAGAUAAAUACCUCCCGUACGGAUUUAAUUCGUCUCAGAGCAGGACGCGUUAAUGGACAAAUGUGGUAUGCUGGAUUAAACUGCACUGAAUCUUCUUUCGAUGCAGUUCAAAGCGUGUUUGAACAAAUAGAUACUCUUAAACGGUUGAUUGCAAGGCAUGGGCAGGACCUUUCACUUGUGACAUCAGUUGCUGAGCUGGAGUCGGCAAUCAGGCAAGCAAAAAUUGCGUCACUGCUCGCUGUAAAGGGUGGACAUUCCAUCAACAUGAAGCUGGGACUGUUGAGAACACUGCAUGCACUCGGCGUAAGGUGCAUGUCGCUGGCUUCGGAACGAAACUGCUGCAGCUGGGUUGAUUCUUCAAUUGUUGAUCUGGAGGACAUCGGAACCGCUGAUAUGCGGCAUGAUCUUUCCCUGUGGGGUCAACUGGUAGUGUGGGAAAUGAAUCGCUUAGGUAUGAUUGUGGACCUUUCUUAUGCCAGCUAUGGUGCGGCCUUGGAUGUGUUGCGAUACAGUAAAGCUCCAGUGAUCUUCAGCAAUGCGGGAGCAUUCGCAAUCAACAAACAUCAUCUUAACGUGAGGGAAGACGUACUGAUACCGUUAGCUACUCAAAGAGGAAUCAUUAUGAUAAGCUUCGAUCCUAAACUUCUUGGAGGAUGCACCAUAGACAAUGUGCUUGAACACCUUAAUUAUCUGAGGGAAGUUAUUGGACCGGACCAUAUCGGUAUUGGUAGUGGUUUCGACGGGUUUGAUAGUGCAAUCGAUGGGCUAGAGGAUGUCUCCAAGUUCUCACACUUGUUCAACGCUCUUACACAUGGGAAGUACACCGAUGGCGAGACAUUCCACCCGUGGACGAAGAACGAGCUCAAGAAACUGGCCGGAUUAAACUUUCUGCGCGUAUUUCACGAAGUAGAGCAGGUAAAGCAAGAACUCUCUCACGAGCAACCGCUCGAAGAUGACGGAUUGGAAGAUAUGUUGGAUUGAAAUAAAGAUAGUUCUUAUGUUUUUAAA